AUGGCCGACAUCAAAUUCCUCCCCACCGACUCGCCCAAAGAAAUCGAAAUCGCCACGCCCCAUCCAACCCUCAAACUCGACAAACACGGCCUCCCCCUCCAACCCCAACCCAGCGACUCCCUCUCCGACCCCUUAAACUGGCCAUGGCAUCGGAAAAUCUACGUCGUCCUCCUCGUCUCGCUCCUCUCCUUCAUCGCCCAAGUCGGCGGGGCCCUCUUCAAUCCAGCCCUAGUGCUCAUGGCCAAAGAUCUCGGAGUCACGGUUGAGCAGGCGAGUUAUUGCACGACGACGUAUAUUUUGUUCGGAGGCGUGCUGAGUAUGUUUGUGGUGCCGUAUGCGAAUGUUUAUGGGAGGAGGGUUUGCUAUGUUAUCUUUACGAUCGUCGGCGCUGUGGGGGCUUUUGUAAGUGCGGCUGCGCCGACGUAUGGGGGAAUUAUUACUGGGAGAGUGUUCAAUGGUAUCGGAACAAGUGUCCCACUGGGCAUCGGAGCCGCCUCCAUCUGCGACAUCUUCACCCAAGGCGAACGAGGUUUCUACAUGGGCAUCUACACCGUCAGUGUCACCAAUGGCCCUCAUGUUGCUCCCAUCGCCGGCGGAUACAUCGCUGCCAGGCUAGGCUGGCGAUGGUGUUUCUGGAUUCCCGGCAUCAUCCAAGCGGGUCUCUGGGUUCUGGUGAUACUCACUCUACCGGAAACGCUCUUCUCCCGGAGGGACCAUUUGCAGGUAGAGAACAGAAGCUACGUUCAGAAACUACUCUUCCACGGCAAGGUGCUCAACCGUAGAGUCAGACCGAAGGACUUCAUCGGCUCUCUGCGUAUGACCAAGUACCUGGCAGUUGUGCUUCCGUGUAUAUGGUACAUGACCAACAAUGCAUACGGCAGCAUUCUCUUUGCCGUGACGGGAGCUCAUCUCGGGACAUCCAUUUACGGCUUCAAAGUCGAGCAAAUUGGCCUGUUCCUUGGCGUUCCCUUGACAGUCGGAUGCUUCCUAGGCGAGGCGACAGCAGGCUGGGUCAGCGAUCGGAUCGUCACCUUGGAUGCCAAACGUCGCGGCCGAGAUCGCAGACCAGAAGCUCGACUUUACCUUCUCCCUGGCUGCACACUCCUUGGCAUCGGCACGGCUUUGUACGGAUACUGCGUUCAGCAACAGAAGCCUUGGAUCGUGUCAUCGGUGUGCAUGGCUAUCUCGGGCUUCGGCACGCAGGUUGGCGUGACGAUGGUUUACACGUACGCGACUGAUUCGUAUAAACCUCAGAGUGGCGAGAUCGGAGCGAUCAUAAAUCUGUUCAAAUCUGUCUUCGGCUUCACUGUCAGCUUUUACGCCUUACCAUUCGGAGAGAAGGUUGGAUACACUACAGCAUUCUCGGUGCUUGGUGCAAUCAAUCUAGCACUGCUCAUUCCACUCGCGGUGUUGCUCUUUCGCGGCGAGGAAAUCAGAGCAUGGCAGGGUGAGCCGACUGACCCCUCGGAUAUAUGA